GAAGCGGAGGAACCUAGCAGCUGUGUAAGCAGAUACUUCCUGCCUCUCUUUAUAGUAGCGUUACUCAGGAAGUUGUCUGAUUGGCUUCCGAGUGUUGUGGUUUGACUUCAGCCGUAAGCAUGUUAGGUACGGAGAUCAAUGAGACUCUUCAGGUACCUGGCCUCCACGUGCCAAACUCGGAGGACAGUAACACAGCCUCAUCCAGCUGCUACAGUCAUCGGCGCCGACGAUUUAAGAUGAGACGGUCAAAGUCCUCGCGCAGCCGAGAAAUGGCGCAAAGUAUGGACUCUGCCAAGAAUUCUGAGUACCUACAGUUACCUUCCAUCGAAAUAACUCCGUCCAGUGAUGAAGACAGCGCACGAUCAAACGGCUCCACUCCGAGCACAUCGCCGAGGCGCCAAGGACUGAAAUUAAAGAGUUGGGGGAAUAUUCAGAUGAAAGAGGGGACUGAUGCUGAAACCCAGGGGCUCAGUGAAAGCAGCACGGCAAGUAACUCGAACCGAAGUUCGCCUGCUUGUUCCCCGAUCCUGCGCAAGCGUUCUCGCUCACCGACACCCCAACAGAGUGAAGGAGAAAUCAUGGUGGAAAAAAGCUCAGACCAUUCAUCAGACAAAUCCCCUCCAACCCCCGAACCCGGGGUACAGAGGAGUGGAUCCUCACAAUCAGGGCGGAGUGGAGGCAAAAACUCCAAGUAUGACAGACUUAACCUGAUCAAAAUUCAGAGCAGACUGUGUCUUCCUGCUGUAAAGAGACCACUGACUCGGACCCAUUUAAAGAAAAGCCAGAGCUGGUACAAUCAUGAACGACAGCACAUACGCAGAGUACUAAGUCCAACAUAUAAACAGAGAAACGAGGACUUUCGCAAACUUUUUAAACAGCUUCCAGACACAGAACGUCUGAUUGUAGAUUACUCAUGUGCUUUGCAAAGAGAUAUCUUGCUGCAGGGCCGUCUGUACCUAUCGGAGAACUGGAUAUGUUUUUACAGCAACAUUUUCCGUUGGGAGACCCUGCUGACGGUGCGUUUGAAAGAUAUCUGCUCGAUGACCAAGGAAAAAACAGCAAGGCUUAUUCCCAAUGCCAUCCAGCUCUGCACGGAUACCGAGAAGCACUUUUUCACCUCAUUUGGGGCAAGAGAUCGCACAUACAUGAUGAUGUUCAGACUGUGGCAGAAUGCUCUGCUUGACAAGCCGCUCUGUCCCAAGGAGCUCUGGCAUUUUGUUCACCAAUGCUACGGAAAUGAGCUAGGACUCACAAGCGAUGACGAAGAUUACGUCCCCCCUGACGAUGACUUUAACACUAUGGGGUACUGCGAAGAAAUUCCGGUUGAGGAUGUGGAAGUCAAUGAUAAUUCUACAAAAAGCACCAAUGACAUGAAACACGAAACCAACUCCAACUUGCAGGAGCCUUCAUUAACCAGUAGCAAUGUCACGUCCACUACCAGUAGCGAGGUGCCCCCUCAGUUUGAUGGGACUAUGCUGGACGACAUAGAUGCUUCAUUAGAAAGGGAGAUGCUAAUUGCAAAUUUCGAGGAGCAGAAAGUGGAACUUCUUCCCCCUGUCCUGUCUCCGUCCUUGGACUUUAAUGAUAAUGAAGAUCUUCCCACGGAGCUCAGCGACUCAUCAGACACCCAUGAUGAAGGUGAAGUACAAGCAUUCUAUGAGGACUUGAACGGACGUCAGUACGUCAACGAGGUUUUCAGUUUCAACGUGGACAAGCUGUUCAGCCUGCUGUUUACAGAGUCUCCGUUCCUGAGAGACUUCAUGGAGCAGCGUCGAUUCUCGGAAGUAAUAUUUCACCCGUGGAAGAAGGAGGAAAAUGGAAAUCAGACAAGAGUUAUACUCUAUACCAUUGCACUCACAAACCCAUUGGCGCCCAAAUCUGCUACAGUAACGGAGACACAGACGCUGUACAAGGCAAGCCAGGAGAGUGAAUGUUACGUUGUAGAUGCUGAAGUGCUGACCCACGACAUUCCUUAUCAUGAUUACUUCUACACAAUCAACCGCUACACUCUGACGCGAGUCGCAAGAAACAAAAGUCGGCUAAGGAUCUCAACAGAGCUUCGUUAUCGGAAGCAGCCUUGGGGACUCGUGAAAGCCUUCAUAGAGAAGAAUUUUUGGAGUGGAUUGGAUGAAUAUUUUCAUCACUUGGAGAAUGAUCUCACUAAAGCAGAGACAGCAUAUCUAUCUGACCUUCACCGACAGUCCCCUAAAGAAAAGAGCAACAAGAUGGCAUCUGCUCGUCGAAGGAAGCGACCUCACGUGCACAUGCGAAUUCCCCAUCUACAGGAUGUCUUGAGUCCAGUAACCACCCCUACCGACGAGGAGAGGCAGCAUCGCAUCAGACACGUGGCAGGAUCCACCCAGACAAGACAUCUUCCCGAGGAAAAACACAGCCAUCUCCAGAGCAUUUCAAAACUCCUGCUGGUCAUUAGCUGUGUUCUGAUUCUCCUAGUAUUGCUCAAUGUGAUGCUGUUCUACAAGCUGUGGAUGUUGGAAUACAGCACCCAGGCAAUGACAACGUGGCAAGGGCUACGAUUACCGGAAAGCCGUUUACCGCAGUCUCAAGCCGAAUGGACCCAGCUGUUGGAAUCACAGCAAAAGCACCAUGACACGGAGAUGCAGAAAUGGAGGCAAAUCAUAAAGUCCUCUGUUAUGUUAUUAGACCAGAUGAAAGAUUCUCUAAUAAAUCUUCAAAACGGAAUAAUUUCUCGAGACUUUGCUUCGGAUCCAGAGGAGAAACCGUAUCAAUGAGACUUCGGGGCAGACAACGGGGAUAAUAGUGUGCAAUAUAUGUACAGAGAAGAUUUAUAUGUAGAUACAUAUAAAUAUGUAUACUAUGAAUACAAAUUUAUAUUAUAUAAUUCUAAAAGACUGAGCUACUCUAGUCAGGUAUGAUGUGCUGCCUGAAAUGGGACCCUUUGAACGUACUAUCAAACGUUUGUUUUGGACUCUGCAAUUACGUUCUCGUGAAAGAUUAGCGCAGCUCUUCUUUGGAGCAAGGAUCUUUCUCAAUCCAGUGUGUAAAUAUACGCCAUUGCUCUACCUCCGACAUCCGCAAACCUCGUGUAUGUCAGCCUGACGCUGCCCAUGCACCAGAACGGUGCUCACUGAGGCCCCCAAGUGGAAAGGUGCUGAGGAGACAAACAGAGGCACCACAGAACUAUGAGGAAAGGAGAAGGGAGCUCUGCACAAAAGCUCCCAGCGGAUAUAUUUUAUCAGACACGAUUAGACUAAUCCGUGAAGACUCUACUGCCGCCAAGCACUUGUCUGACCCACCUUGACAGUGUAACAUCUGAGAAGUGUCCUGUCUCCUAGAUGGAGCAAUACGUGGAUAAUGCUAGUUUUUAUAAUAUUUUUUUUUUUUUUCUCUUGAGUAACUUAAAGCUUAAACAAAUUAAGGGGUUUGGGUAUUUGUUUUAUACUUUCAAAAAGUAUGAAAUUCCUAUUGAAACAUUGAAACAGGUUUUGUCAGCUGCCGCUCUCCACUAGGCUGCUGGUGUAGAGACGGUGGACCGUCUGUGGGAGUUCCUUUCAAACCAUUGUUUGGCAUGAACCAUCUGCUGUCUCUGUAUCUCAUUUAGGUGGUUCAUCCAAAAUACAAUGUGUUUAACGUGUGGGAUACAUUGAGAGCCACUGCUUCAGAACAUUUCAGAUGACUGUUUGGCAAACUAUGAAUGUGUCUGGUUAGGAAAAAAAAAGGCUUGAAUUUCUAAAUGAUUGCUGCUAAGACUCUGGGGGAAAUCUCCAGAUAAUGACCUAUGUAUUUGCAUACACGAAAAGAGGUCUAUUCAUCAUCUCAAUUGCUUUUUCUGGCCCUUCCUUUUCUUCUGUUACUGUAGCUUGUCUAUAAAUGGUGGGUGUUGGAGAAAGGAUGACUCCAACCACACCUUUGGAAAGGGCUUUCUGUCGACCUGCAGGAUCUGGUCGAUUCUGCCAUAAAUCUGUUUAAAGGUUACUUCUGCUAUAGAGGUGGAUGGGCGUAUAGCUGUACAGUGUGGAACACACGGUUUCUUGGCAAUUAUGUGCUUUUUGUGAUAAAGAUUCGCCUGACAUACCUGCUGUAUGAAGUGUCUGUGCUCAUUCUUUGUCAAGAAUAGUGCGGUCCCAUUGUGGUCUUGACCAGCAGUUGCUAACCUUGGCUCCUUAAAGUUUGUAAACUACAAUCACCAUGGUGCUCAGGUAGGCCUUGCUUUUACAGCCACCACAGUAAUGCCAGAACAACAAAAAUGAAGCACAUUAAUAGGCAACUUCUACAGGUCUUCAUUCGGAUAGCUAUGUUUUACAGGUGGCUGAGCACCAUGGGAGUUGUAGUUCAAAUACAAGUUUAGCCUUUGCUGAUCUUGAGGGUCCUUAAGAUUGUCCACAUUUGAUAUCUCUACAUGCAUUUUUAACGUUAUUAAUCAUCAGGGUUAAGAAACAAAUGGAGUAUGAUUUACUAAAUUAUGUUAUCCCAAAAGGACUCUCUGCUGUGCCCGUAUAGUUGCUUUUUCCUGUAAAGAGUGCUGUUAGUGUCCCUAUUUUAGCAGCAUUGGCAACAGCCUGUUCAAUAGAUAAUACUACAAGUAUGUUGAGCAGGCGAUGAGGGUAAUAUUGAAGUUUGUAUUUGAACUCGGCUCUGUAGCUUUUCCAAAGAUUGAUGGGUGUGCGUGAUAUGACAUUAUAUGUCUUUGUUUGCGUUUUGUUUUAAUUCUCUUGGCUGCAUAGCAGCUUUUGAAAUAAGGACGAAUGUAGAGUGAGUGAGUGUUUUACGCUUUCUCCAGUGACUGUUGUAAUACGAAGUGUAUCACUAAGUGAUGACGUAAUUUGAAGACUGACAUUUGGGCAGCAGGAAUUGCCAAGAAUCAGUCUCGUGUUUUGACAGAGAUGCUGAGCACUAUCUGACAAAGACAAAGUUAACUAUCAAUGUUAUUGUAUUUAUUAUUAUUUAUUUGAACAUAGUUAUGUGAACCGUCAACAUUUCACAAUUUUCCUUCUCACCUGUUGAUACCAAGGGAGCAAAAUAGUCCCCUGUUCGUGUCUUUAUUUAAGGCUUGAGUUAGGUUUUAUUCAAAGCUUGAGUUUUGAGAUAGAUCACAAUAAUAAUUAUAAUUUUUUUCUUGGGGUGGGGGCUGGGGACAGACAAAUCCAGACUCCGAAAAAUCUA